AUCGCUGGAAGUCACAACACAACCUUCUGGCAAUGGUUCAUUUUGAUGUGUGGUCUUGGAGGAGUUGGACCUGUGUGUGCUUCCUUUGCAGUGUCCAGGCUCUUCAGGUUGUCGUUAGACUGUCGAGGGGGAGAAGUCACCUUCACCGGGACCCUCAGGAGAGGCAGAAGCAGUAACUCUGUUGGCAAAAAGGCAUUUUUGAGGAAUUUUUCAACAAUGUGGAUUUUGACUCUCGUUCUGUUUUUGGGAAAUCUUCUCGUCGGUGAAACGGCCAACAACCAGGACUCAGAACCAUCUCCUGUAAUUGAGCUCUCUGCAACAACCUCCCCUGGUUUUUUAAUACUGGAAAAGGAGAAAUCCAACAGCUCAAUUCAUCCACCUCAAGUAGCAGGACCAAAAACAUCACACCCUCCUAUGUGUUCAGAGUCAGCUGGAAUCAGAGUCACCUUCAAAUAUGUCAAUAUUAUAGUUUCCCUGCUUGUUUUCAUUGUUGGAAUAGUGGGGAAUUCAGCCUUACUUCGAAUUAUCUACGUAAACAAACGCAUGAGAAGUGGCCCUAACAUUCUCAUUGCGAGCCUCGCUUUGGGAGAUCUAAUCCACAUUGUGAUAGACAUUCCAAUCAACGCUUACAGGCUCAUGGCAGAAAAUUGGCCCUUCGGUUUAGUACUUUGCAAACUCAUUCCCUUCAUACAAAAAACCUCUGUUGGAAUUACUGUGUUGAGCUUAUGUGCCUUGAGUGUUGACAGAUACAGAGCUGUUGUGUCCUGGAAUCAAAUCAAAGGCAUCUGGGUUUCAGUGCGGACAGCAAUUGAAAUAGGCCUGAUAUGGGUUAUUUCUAUCCUGCUGGCUCUCCCUGAAGUUGUGGGCUUUGAUAUGAUAACAAUGGACUAUAAAGAAAAGCGUCUCACGAUAUGUCUACUUCACCCAAUGCAAACCACGGGGUUCAUGCAGAUCUAUAAAGCAGUGAAAGACUGGUGGCUCUUUGGCUUCUACUUUUGCAUGCCACUGGUUUGGACUGCAGUGUUCUACACACUGAUGACCAGGAAAAUGCUGAGAAAAACGGAGACUACAUUAUGCGAACACAUCAAGCAGAGAAGAGAAGUUGCAAGAACUGUCUUCUGCCUGGUGAUUGUGUUUGCACUCUGCUGGUUGCCUCUGUACCUCAGCAGAAUCUUGAAAUUAACAAUUUAUGAUGAAAAAGAUCCUAAUAGGUGUCAGCUGCUGAGUGUCUUUCUUGUCCUUGACUAUUUUGGCAUAAAUAUGGCGUCCCUGAACUCAUGCAUCAACCCUAUUGCAUUGUACAUUGUCAGCAAAAGAUUCAAGAGAUGCUUUAAGGCAUGUCUGUGCAGGUGUCUACCUCUUCAAGCUGUUGCCCAUGACGAGGUGCAGUCUGUUUUGAAGUCCAGAAUGCAGGAUCAAGCCUCAGAGCAGAGCUGCAACAUCAAAGCUCACAAGCAGACUCCUGUACCUGAACCUGAGCAGGAGAACACCUUACUGUGCUAACAAAACUCGCUGUGAAAACACUUUGUGAGAUUGUCGAUAUUUCUUUAUUAAAUAUACAUGGCCAUCAAAACAGCUACAAAGGCAGCUCUAUCGGCAGCUCGGCAACCUUGACAUGCCAUCCUAAUAAUAUAAAAUACCUUCUGAAUAACAUGGAGCCCUGUCUUUUGUAAUGCUGUCGUCAGUUGAACAUCUGCUUUGGCAUGAGCAACCUGGAGUCAGACUGUUCAGACUAUUUGCCCUCGAGGCUUGACUCACUCCCUAACAUUACAUCAGAUUUUACCUAGUACCUAUCCUGUAUCAUGCAUCACAGUUCUCAAAUCACUGUUUUGGGCACGAUGUUAACCUGGCACCCAUCAACAGAAAUCUUGUCACGGCUUAGCGCUUGCAUAUAUAUAUUAUCUUAAUUCUGUUUCUGGGUUCUGGAAAGACACUAUGCCAGAGGAAAUUAAGCGAAGGGGAAUUCAGAAUUAUUAUGGUGGAUUUUAUGAGGUAGGGUGUAUUAUUAUCUCAUACUAUUUACAUAUCUGUUAACUUUCAUAUGCUGCAUAUCAUUUCAAGAGUUUAUGGCAUUCUUUUCCUGCAUGAACCUUGAGAAAUAUAUCAAAUUGGUGCCACAAGUAGAUUUCGUCUCCACUACUGAAUGACUGAUUGAUGGUGGCCUAUUUUUAAUGCAUUGUUAAAUGUGUAAUGCAUGGAGACACUUUAUGAAAGACCUGUGAGUGGGGGAGAAGAAAAACGAAGAUGACAGAAUGAGGUCAGGAAGAGAGAGGGAUUGGGGGGAGUCUGAGGGGGGCACCUGAUAGGUCUUCCUGUCACAGGACAAGGCAAGCACAAAUAGAGUGCUGCUCUCCCAGCUAACGCUGUAUCAGUCUGCAGAAGUGUCUCGAUGCUGUGUGCUGGAAUGCCUAUUAAAAGUUUAUCUUGUGUAAGUAAACUUGACUGUUUGCAAAAAUGGAGUCGUUUGUUUGAAUAAAAG